AUGGCCUUAUAUAAGCCCCCUAUCUACAUCAACGGGACACUAGUGGAGAGGGUAGUACGCUUUAAUUUCCUCGGCAUACACACCACAGACAAACUGAAAUGGUCCUCUCACACAGACAGCGUGGUGAAGAAGUACAUCAGAGUGUCCUAUGACUCUAAGCCAGACAAUCUGCUCCAACUGAUGGUGAAAGACUGGCAGCUGGAACUCCCCAACCUGCUCAUCUCCAUCCACGGAGGGCUGCAGAACUUUGACCUGCAGCCCAAACUCAAACAAGUGUUAGGGAAGGGACUCAUCAAGGCUGCAGUCACCACCGGAGCAUGGAUCUUCACUGGUGGAGUCAGCACUGGUGUGAUUCGUCACGUGGGGGAUGCCCUGAAGGACCACUCCUCUAAGUCCAGAGGGAAGGUAUGUGCCAUCGGUAUCGCUCCCUGGGGCAUCAUAGAGAACAAGGAGGACCUCAUCGGUAGAGAUGUAACACGGCCGUACCAGACCAUGUCCAACCCGCUGUCCAAGCUGUCUGUCCUGAACAACAGCCACUCCCACUUCAUCCUGGCCGACAACGGCACCACAGGGAAGUACGGAGCGGAGGUGAAGCUACGCCGCCAGCUGGAAAAACACAUCUCACUGCAGAAGAUCAACACACGCCUGGGCCAGGGGGUCCCGUUGGUGUGUCUGAUAGUAGAGGGAGGUCCUAAUGUCAUCUCCAUCACCCUAGAGAGUCUGAAGGAGGAACCUCCCGUCCCCGUGGUGGUCUGUGAUGGCAGCGGGAGGGCAUCGGACAUCAUGUCCUUCGCUCACAAAUACUGCGAGGAGGGAGGUCUGAUAACUGACGACGUGAGGGACCAGCUGCUGGUGACCAUACAGAAGACCUUCAACUAUAGUAAAAGCCAAUCACAGCAGAUCCUGCUCAUGGUCAUGGAGUGCAUGAAGAAGAAGGAGCUGAUAACAGUGUUUCGAAUGGGUUCUGAAGGACAGCAAGAUAUUGAAAUGGCCAUUCUGACUGCUUUAUUAAAAGGAACCAACGCCUCUGCCCCGGACCAGCUGAGUCUAGCUCUGGCCUGGAACAGAGUGGACAUAGCACGCAACCAGAUCUUUGUCUACGGUCACCAUCUACCUCCUGCCAGUGCCCUAGCUAACAGCAGUGGUACCGUAGCCACUACCACAGAGAGGCCGAAGAGUCCAGCCGCUGCCCCCAGGAACAAGGCCAAGGCCCGGGGGAAAAAGGGGAAGGGAGGGAAGGCAAAGCCUGAACCACCAGAGGAGACUGACCCUAGGAAGAUAGAACUAAUGCGAUGGGUGAACUCUCUGGAGCAGGCCAUGAUGGAUGCCUUGGUGCUGGACAGGGUGGACUUCGUCAAGCUGCUGAUAGAGAACGGCGUCAACAUCCACCACUUCCUCACCAUUCCUCGCCUGGAGGAGCUGUACAACACGAGACUGGGUCCUGCUAACACGUUGCAUGUUGUGGUGAGGGAUGUCAAGAAGGGCAACCUCCCGCCAGACUACCAGAUCACUCUGAUUGACAUUGGUCUGGUGAUGGAGUACCUGAUGGGUGGGGCUUACCGCUGUAACUACACCAGGAAGAACUUCAGGGCUCUUUACAACAACCUCUACGGGCUGAAGAGGCCAAAAGCCUUGAAGAUGCUGGGGCUGGAGGACGACGAGCCGAGGGGAAAGAAGAAGAAAGGGAAGAAGAAGAAAGAGGAGGAGGUAGAGAUAGAUGUGGACGACCCUGAGGUCUGUCGCUUCACCUACCCCUUCCACGAGCUGAUGGUGUGGGCCGUUCUCAUGAAGCGCCAGAAGAUGGCGCUGUUUCUGUGGCAACGUGGGGAGGAGGCCAUGGCCAAGGCUCUGGUGGCCUGUAAGCUAUACACAGCCAUGGCUAAAGAGUCAUCUGAAAUGGUGGACGAUAUCGCCCAGGACCUGGACAACAACUCCAAGGAGUUUGGCCAGCUUGCCUAUGAGCUCCUGGACCAGUCCUAUAAGCACGAUGAACAGGUGGCCAUGAAGCUGCUGACGUAUGAGCUGACCAACUGGAGCAACUCUACCUGUCUGAAGCUGGCCGUGGCCGCCAAGCACAGAGACUUCAUCGCCCACACUUGCAGUCAGAUGCUGCUGACCGACAUGUGGAUGGGAAAUCUGAGAAUGGGGAAGAACCCUGGGCUUAAGGUGAUUCUGGGCAUCAUAUUCCCUCCAUCAAUUCUGCUGCUGGUGGACUUCAAAGGAGAAGACCAGUCCUACACAGCUGACUCUGAAGAAGGGAAAGACAAGGACGAUGACGCUGGCAAGGAUGACGUUGUGUCAAGGAAGGGGGAUGAAGAGGAGGGCAGCAGUAAUGUCAGAAGGAAGCCCAUUGGACAGAGGAUCUAUGAGUUCUAUGAUGCCCCGUUCACCAAGUUCUGGUUCAACACUAUCUCCUACCUGGGCUACCUGAUGCUGUAUAACUACAUAAUCCUGGUGAAGAUGGAGCGAUGGCCGUCCAUCCAGGAGUGGACCGUCAUUGCCUACAUCCUAACGCUCGGCUUCGAGAAAGUCAGACAGAUCCUAAUGUCAGAGCCUGGGAAGCUGAAGCAGAAGAUCAACGUAUGGCUGCAAGAGGUCUGGAACAUCACUGACCUGGCAGCCAUCUCCACCUUCCUGGUUGGCCUUCUGCUGAGGCUGCAGAACGAACCCCUCCUGGGCAUCGGACGUGUCAUCUACUGCAUAGACAUCAUCUUCUGGUACAUCAGGGUGCUCGACAUCUUCGGGGUCAACAAGUACCUGGGACCCUAUGUCAUGAUGAUUGGGAAAAUGAUGAUCGACAUGCUAUACUUCGUGAUAAUCAUGUUGGUGGUGUUGAUGAGUUUCGGGGUGUCGCGGCAGGCCAUCUUGCACCCUGAUGAGGAGCCAACAUGGCGUUUGGCCAGGAACAUCUUCUACAUGCCCUACUGGAUGAUCUAUGGAGAGGUGUUUGCUGACUCGAUCGACCGUAAGACUCAGAUUUAUAUCUAUGCAAUGGAAAUCAACCCGCCGUGUGGUGAGAACCUGUACGAUGAGGAUGGUAAGAAGCUGCCUCCAUGUAUCCCUGGAGCCUGGCUGACCCCGGCCAUCAUGGCCUGUUAUUUACUGGUGGCCAACAUCCUGCUGGUCAACCUGUUGAUUGCUGUCUUCAACAACACUUUUAUGGAGGUGAAGGCCAUCUCCAACCAGAUCUGGAAGUUCCAGAGAUAUCAGCUGAUUAUGAUCUUCCAUGACCGUCCGAUCCUCCCUCCACCCCUCAUCGUGUUCAGUCACCUCUACCUCCUGUUCAGAAGCUUUCGCUGCACCAAGAAGAAUGAUGGAGAUCUGAAUGAGAAGGACAGAGGACUCAAGCUACGGCUAAACCCUGAGGAGCUGAAGGCUCUAUUUGAGUUUGAGGAGCAGUGUGUGGAGGAAUACUUCAGAGAGAAGGAAGACGAGCACCAUUCAUCCAGUGACCAGAGGAUCAAGGUCACAUCAGAACGGGUGGAGAACAUGUCCAUGCGUCUGGAGGAGGUGAAUGAGCGGGAGAACACCAUGAAGGCGUCCCUGCAGACGGUGGACCUUCGACUGGCACAGCUGGAAGACAUCCACAGCCGCAUGAUGAACGCCCUAGAAAAGCUGGCUGGGGUCGACCAUUCAGAGCUUAAACGCUCCCACUCCACACACUCCUCCUACUGCGACCCGUCCUCCCUGCUCCGAGCCAGCUCCAUCAACAGCGCUGACGGCUACAGCAUGUACCGCUUCCAGAUGGACGUGGAGGAGGCUGAGAGGAAAGCCCAGCUUGGCACUGAGAGGCAGGGCAGUGUACGGUCUCGCCUAGGGUCUGAGAGACAGGGCAGUCUACAGAAAUUGUCUAGCGCAUCUACCCUGACUGUAGGCCGGGAGCGACAUGGCAGCCUACAAACCAGAGUUUCCAAGGACUACGGCCAGGCGUUAGACAUGGACAGAGCAGACAGGACACGGCCCAGCUCCUAUGUGGACAUCCUGAUCUCCCCAUGUGAACAAAGGGCUGAAGGGGAGACAGAUGGAGGAGAAACCAAGUCUGACAUACCUAAAGACAAAGUACCAGAUCCCACAGAUCCACUGGAGGCUGCAUUAGCUAAAGCAGGUCUACCAAUAGAGAAGACCAAGCUGGAGAAGUCUAGAUCUGUUAAAUGCUAUCCCAGCAACCCUGUGGAUCACUGCAUUACCUCUAGAAGCAGGGCUAAGAGCACUAUCCUCUACGACCAAACUGCUGCCAAUUGCGAGGCCCUCUGGGUUGCAGACUACAAUCCUAAACAGGAAUCCCCAGAGAGUAGAGAUCCCCUGGAUAGUGCAUUGGCUACAGAAGGUCUGCCAAGAGAGAAGUCCAAACUGGUGGCAACCAUGUCCUCCCCAUUGGCAAAGUUUAUCCAUCCUAUUCCAUACUACCACACCACACCUCCAUUUACCCCUCGAUCCACUAGGACCAGGGCUAAAAGCAACAUCUCCCCAACCACAGCAGGGGAUGAGAGUGAGGCCCUCUGGGCUGCAGACUACAGAUCUGUGAUAGACCAGGUAUCCGAUGCUCCAGGCCAGUUGCCAGCCUGCUGGGAGUACAAGGUCCCCCACAUCCACAUCGGACAACAGCCCAAGGUCUCUGUGCUGUAG